UUCUUGUCACACAAAGCAGUGAGAGUUGUAUUGGUUUUGUAGUCAUGACAUCCAUUCUUUCUCUCUCAUCUGUUCUGUUGGCUCUAAAGCUCUGCUCAGGUGAGUGGUGCUACCAGAGCCAGUUUUCCUGUCAUGACGCAUGUAAAGGGCCUUCAGAAUGGAAAAAUUAUUUUCCUAAUUGUGGAGGUCAGAGACAAUCGCCCAUCAAUAUCGUCACAAGCAAAGUGAAACAUGACUCAAAAUUGACCAGUUUUAUCUUCGAGGGCCACGAGAACAUUUUCAACAUGAGUGUGGAAAAUCAUGGACAUUCAGCUUACUUUACUCUGCCUCAAUUUGUGCGGCUCCGUGGUGGGGGUCUGUCAGGCAUAUACAAGGCUGUCCAGUUCCACCUGCACUGGGGAGAGGACGAUGGCCAGGGCUCAGAGCACUCUGUGGACGGGGAGCAUUAUCCCAUGGAGCUCCAUAUUGUUCACAUUAAAGAAAAGUACAACAACUUGAAAGAGGCUCUAAAUGACUCUACAGGGGUGGCAGCACUUGCCUUCUUUUUUGAGGUGUCUUCAGGGCAAAAUAAAAAGCUUGACAGAGUUAUAGAGGCUUUAGGAAAAGUCCGACAUGAAGGGAACAGCAGUGAAAUUGAAGACUUUAGACUGACUGACAUCGUCCCUCAAGCCAAUAAACUGAGCUACUAUCGGUACUAUGGUUCCCUGACCACACCAAGUUGUGACCAGGCUGUUGUGUGGACGGUCUUCCAACAGACUCUGCCCAUAAGCAAAACUCAGCUGACGUCAAUGUAUAAACAGCUGUUAUUCGCAACAGAAAAACCAAUGACUGGAAUAUUCCGUCCUGUGCAGAAUCUGAAUGGACGAGUUGUUUACACGUCUGUGCCAUCUCACAGUCUGUGUGUCCUGCCCAAUCUAAUCACCCUGUUUCUGUGCCUCUUUUGUGUUUUUGGACAACAAAGGUGUUUUCACUGAAUGGUAGAGAAUGCGUGUCUUUUAACACAGGAGGUUCUGUACAAAGUAAAGCUAAUCAAUCUUUAAAGCACUGAACUGCAGCUACUGGAAUGGAUCUUUCCACCAUGUUAAGGUUGAGAAAUCUGACAAUAUUAUUAUUUUGUUAUUAUUUUCUGUGUUCACAACUAUCUCUUUCAUGUCUACAUUCACUCUCCUUUAGAAGUGACAGCUUUAUUUGACUUUCAUGGAUUCUCAUCCAUUUUCCAUGACUUGAUUGUUCAUGAUUACUGCAUUUGAAGUAUUUUUAAAAGGGGGGUUCAAUUUGUCAUUGUAACAUUAACUAUAAAAGUGUAUAAAAGUCUAUAUUUGGGAUUUGAAUGUGGCUCAUUUGAAGCUUUCUGAACCUCCACUAAGAUGAAUUCACUAUGUAAAUUUCAAUGACUUUUCCAUUACUGUAACAUUUUCAUGAUUUUCCAGGCCUCGAAAUGCCAACUUUUAAAAUUCUCAGAUGUUUCCUGGAAAACCCUGUAAAUUUAUUGUUUAAUACAGCAAUGCUUUGAUGAUUAAACUUGAAUUGUGCACAUAUGCAGGGCAUGUGAAGUGUAAGUUGUAUAUUAUGUAAGUUUCCAUCCAUGUUAAUAAAACUUAAAAUGAA